AUGGUCACAACAACAUAUGAAUGCACAGUGUGGAGGGCAAUCAGGAAUCUAUGGCCACUUAUGCAGACUAGAACCAGAUUCAAGACCAAGCAGGCUACAAUAGCUGAAAUGAGAAAUGGACAAGCAUGGAAUAGAAGGUACUUGUAUGAUUGGGAAAUGGAAACUAUUGCUUCCUUCUAUGCUAACUUGGCAGAUUUUACCAGCUCAGUAGAAAAAGUGGACAGAUUAGAAUGGCAGAAGGACAAAUCUGGAAAAUUCACUGUCAACUCAGCAUAUAAGGACCUCAAUAUCUCAGAAUUUCAGGAAAAGGAUUGGCCAUGGAAAAUGAUUUGGAAGAUUAAGAUCUCUAAUAAAGCAGAGACAGUAAACCAUCUCUUUUUACAUUGUAAGUGGACAGAUCAAUUAUGGAAAAUGUUCAUCAGCUUGAGGAAGUUUAGCUUGGUAAGACCAAGGAACAUCAAAGGGUUCCUCAAUGCUGGAACAAG